AUGGCUGGGAUCCCAGGCGCAGAUGGAGGGUUCGCCGAGUACAUGGUGGCUCCUGAAGAUACCCUCGCCAUAAUCCCGGACACUGUGACGGUAUGGAACGCCAUUAAGCAGACAGGUCUGAAGAAGGGGUACUCAAUCGGGAUCGUGGGCAUCGGGGGCCUGGGGGUUCUUGCGAUUCAUUUCGCGAAGGCGUUAGGAUAUCAGGUCGUUGCAAUUGACAACCGUGAUGUCGGCUUAAGAUUGGCCGCCGAAGUGCCCUCUCAUCUCAAGCCUAAUGCGAUCGUCAAGUUCGGUGACGAAGAGGCGGCCAAGCAGAUAUCAGACUUGACCAGAGACAUCGGGCUACACGGCGCCGUUGCAUGCACCGACGACGUGGAGGCAAGCGACUGGGCCCUUCAUCAGUUGCGGCCCAGGGGUGUUUGUGUUGUGCUGGGCCUGCCCGAGCAGAGCUACAAGUUUGACGCCUUCAACCCCGUGUUUAGAGAGAUCGUCGUCAAGGGAUCUAUCUUCACAAAUGCGGACGAGGCUCGGGAGAUGCUGGAGGUUGUUGGGCGAGAGGGUGUGCUCAGCCACCUCACAGUGCUCAAGCUAGAGGAGAGAGAAGUACCUAUGAUAAGGUGGCAGCACAUGACUUUGAUAACCGGCUAG